AAUAAAUUGAAACUUAUCUUUAUGAAAAAAAAAAAGAAUAAAACCAUUAACAAAAACCAGGGUUUCAUAUCUCUUCUCCUUCUAAUCCAAUGAGUAGCCUAUUCCUCUACUCUUCAGCCAAAAAUUAGGGUUUUUAUAUUCCUCCUUCAGAUCUAACGAUUUAGCGAUGGAAGAGGUUACAUAUCCUGAUAGGAUCAGCCAGUUACCUAACGAUUUGCUUUUUCGAAUACUCUCAUCAAUCCCGGUAAGCGAUGCAAUGUCCACAAGUUUAUUGUCUAAACGAUGGAAAUCUGUGUGGAAGAUGUUGCCAAGGCUUGUAUACAAUGAAAACCUUUGUCCCAAUAUUGGUUCUCUUGGAUUUGACCAAUUUUGUGGCAGAUCCUUGUCCUUACAUGAAGCUCCACUUCUCAAAACCCUAAAUCUCAAACUUAGGAACCAAUCUGAUUCUUUAGAUUCUCUCAUAUUUCCAAACAUACGUUCCACACUCCUUGAGAUGUCAAUCAAAUCUACUGAUUAUCCUUGUUAUUACAGUACUAUCAGUUUCCCAAACAACCUUGAUGUCUUCCAAACAUUAGUUGUCUUGAAACUCCAAGGCAAUAUUACUCUUGAUGUUGUUGAUUCUCCGGUUUGUUUCCAGUCUUUGAAGAGUUUGUACCUCAAAUGUGUGAAUUUCAAGAAUGAAGAAUCUUUUUCCAAACUUUUAUCAGCCUGUCCUGUUCUUGAAGACCUCUUCCUCCAAAGACUUUGCAGUGUCGGCCGUUUUUUGUUCACCAUAUCAGUCCCUUCUCUACAGAGAUUAACCUACAAUAAAGAACAAUGCUAUUAUUCUAACGAUGAAGCCAUACUCGAGAUUACUGCUCCUUCUUUGAAGUACUUAAAUAUCUUCGAUCGCGUAGGUGUUUUCAGUUUUAUUGAAGAUAUGGAUAAGUUGGUGGAGGCAAGUGUUAAAGUUAAUCUGUCAAAGAAUGAGAAGCUUUCUAAAGCUCUUACUUCGGUUGAGCAUCUUUCGCUAGAUUUAUAUCCUUCAAUGGUUUUUCACCUUAAUGAUAGAUUCAUCUCCAAGCAACUUCUUCAUCUGGAAUUAGACAUUUACGACAACUUUCGGUCAAAUCUACUUCUGAGUUUUUUGAAAGAUUUACCUAAGCUACAAUCUCUCAAGCUCAACCACACACAUCCCAACUAUACUGUCGAGGAUCAACCGUCUUCAGUCUCUGGACCGAGCUCUGUUCCUGAAUGCUUGAGCUUCCAUCUCGAGACUUUUCAAUGGAUAGGCUACGCAGGAACAAUUGAAGAGACAGAAGCUGCGGUUUACGUUCUGAAAAACGCUCGUUGUUUGAAGAAUGCUACAAUAUCUCUGCAUUCAAGGGGCACAGAGAAUGAUCUGAUGAUGAUUAAGGAGUUGGAAUCUAUGUCUAAAGCUUCAAACAUGUGUCAGCUUUUAGUUAAAUUUUAGAACUCUCUCCUAGUAAUGGGUCACAUCUUGAUCUUGUAUUAUUUCAACUUUAGCAAGAGAUAAUUUUAUUAUUCGAAUCUGAAUUUGCAUUAGAUUAUUAAACUUUUCUCUCUUGGUAAAAAA